UAAAGAUCAUUCAGUUCAGAUUUUCUAUAUUCGUUAAACUUUUCAAAAUUUUACAGUAAUAAGUUCAAAAUUAGCAUUCUUAAAGAUAAAAAUAAAAAAUUUACAACUAAUUACAAGUAAUUUACAACUUUGUAAAAGCUGUGAUGAAUCUUAAAACUUUAAAAAACGAAAUUGAGAAUUUUAUUAUGAAACACAAUGAAGAACAUCCUGAAAAUCCAGUUGAUGAAUCUCAUGGGUAUGCCCAUUUUUGUAAGGUUGCAAAGCAUGCCAAGCUUGCUAUUCAUUCAUUUAUUGACAGUGGCAUGAUAAUAACUGACACAGAACAAUUUGAAAUUUUAGCUGCUUCAUGGCUUCAUGAUGUUGAUGAUGCUAAAUAUUUUUCAACAGAAGAUUAUGCUAAUGCUAGGAUGUGUUUAGAAAAAGUUGGAUGUGAUUCUGAAAUUAUUAAUAACAUUAUUUAUAUGAUCAAAUUGGUUUCAUCAUCGAAAAAUGGUGAUACAAUUCCUGAGGGGACUAAAGAAAUACAAUUAAUUCCUCGAUAUGCAGACCGACUUGAAGCCAUUGGUAAGAUAGGUGUACAACGUUGUCUUUUGUAUACUCUUCAACAAGGGGCACCAUUGUUUUGCUCUGACACAAAACGUGCUACAACUGAAGAAGAAUUAUUUAAUAAUGUGGCAACAGAAGAGCGAUAUCGAAAUUACAAAGGAAAAAGUUUUUCAUUCAUUGAUCAUUUUUAUGACAAGAUUUUACGCCUUGAUCGUUUUCCUAUUCGUAAUAAUUAUUUUGAUGAAGAAUGUAAAAAGCGUCGUGCUGCAGUUGUUGAAAUUGUUUUAAUGUUUGGACAAAAGGGUUCAAUCACAUUGGAAGAGGUUGAAGCUUACAUUAAAAGUUGAUUUAUUAUGUUAUUUAUUGAAUUUUUAUUGAUAAAUAUUGGCUUAGGACCUAGGAAA